GCUCACACACUCAGGCACUGCCAGUCUCUCCGCACCCGACAUGGCGAAGAACCGGCACAGUUUAUAGAGGGAGACGAGCAAGGCCAGACGUGCCCAGGGCAGAAAUGCUUUGGAUACUUCUCGCCUGUGUUGGGAGGAGCAGCUUAAAUCCUUGGCUCCAAAACCAGGUUGUUGCCAGCUCAGACUGAGACUUAAAUUCAAGUUGAUGUUUUGAUGCGACAGUGUCGCUUUUAAUCCUCUCUGAAUCCACUACGCCGGGACAGACAGAGGAAAGGGACGCUAUCUCACAGCGAAGGACAGUAAACAAGGCGACCCGAGUGGCACAGUACUGAAGGAGAGGCUCAGCACAGAACCAGCUGAGCAAACAGUGGAUGCCGCGGCCACAGCCACGCUCAGCCUGCACAGUCACAGGAGGGCUGCGCUCCUGGCCGCCCAGGAUGAGGCUGCUCUUCCCUGCCCUUGUGCUGGCCCUGCUCGCCGCCACCCAUGCUGAAGACUCCUGCUUGGGCCGCUGCGAUGAUGGCUUCGAUGCGCAGCACAAAUGCCAGUGUGACACCCUCUGCAUGUACUACCAGAGCUGCUGCAAUGACUACUCCACCGUCUGCAAAACCAAAGUGACCCGGGGAGAUGUGUUCGCCUUGCCAGAGGACGACUACCUCGACUACAACAUUGGCAGAGUAGAGCAAAAUGAGACAGCCGCCGAAGAACUGCCCACAUCCCUGUUGCCAGCACAGCCCACGCUGGAAAACAAGCCGGACCCUGAGGAGACACCGACAGAGGUGCCCGUGGAGGAAGCGCCCAGCACCACGCUGGAUGGGUUUGGGGAGCAGGUCCCCGUGGACGAGCCCGAGGAGCUGUGCAGCAGGAAACCUUUUGAUGCCUUCACUGACCUGAAGAACGGUUCUCUUUAUGCUUUCCGAGGGAAGUACUUCUAUGAGCUGGAUGAGACGAGCGUGCGGCCUGGCUACCCUAAGCUCAUCAGUGACAUCUGGGGCAUCGAGGGCCCCAUCGACGCAGCCUUCACCCGCAUCAACUGCCAGGGCAAGACUUACCUGUUCAAGGGCAGCCAGUACUGGCGCUUUGAUGAUGGAGUCCUGGACCCCGGGUACCCGCGCGACAUCUCUGAGGGCUUUGAAGGCAUCCCGAACAGCAUUGAUGCAGCCUUUGCGCUCCCUGCACACAGCUACCAUGGCAAUGAGAGAGUCUAUUUCUUCAAGGACAAGUACUACUGGUCCUAUGACUUCGCCAACCAGCCCACCCAGGCCGACUGCGAGAAGUCCUCCCCCUCGGCCGUGUUUGGCCACUACGCCUUCAUGAACCGCGACAGCUGGGAGGAUGUCUUCCAGAUCCUCUUUGGCAGCAGGAGAAGCGGGGCGAGCAGCCCGCGGUACAUCAGCAGAGACUGGCGGGGGGUGCCCAGCCGGCUGGAUGCUGCCAUGGCUGGCAGGAUCUACGUGGCCUCUCAGCAGCCUCGGAGGAGGAAGUCUCGCCGCCAGCGCAAGAGGUACAAGAGCCACCGGUCACUGAAUUUGGGUUUCUGGAGCUGGCUGCAAAAUGACUCUGACUCCAUGGGUGUUGAAAGCGACUGGCUGUCGGGCUCCCAGUGCGAGACCCUCCAGAGCGUCUACUUCUUUGUAGGAGACAAAUACUACCGCGUCAACCUGCGCACCAAGCGCGUGGACCUGGUGCAGCCCCGCUACCCGCGCUCCAUCGCCCAGUACUGGCUGGACUGCCCGCAGCUCAUGGAGAAGAGCACCUGAGAGGGGCCCUCCCGGAGCCACCCAGCAGCACAGCCCCUAGUUAGACAGAAGUAAACUGUGAGUGCUGUGCAGGCUGGAGAGCCCUGUCUGUCUGUCUGUCCAUCCAUCCUGUGGUCUGCGCAGUCCUUGUAGUCAGAGAUCCCUCUGCAAGGGCUGUGAUUGUCCCCCCAGGUAUAAUAACUGUGCGUGGGCUGUGCCAGAUCCCUGCUGCUGGCCCCGUCCACGGCAUGGCUCUGGCUGCAGCUGCUCAGAUCUGCUCCGCCAGCCA